UUUAUACGAAAUUUCCAUGAGGCGCAAAUGUGCCGAGCCACUGCCCCGGUCCCCCCAAAGCCUACCGAAUCCAUCGAAAUCUUUUUUUCCUUGCUCCUACUCCAUCGGCGGCGCACCCUCCCUCCCAGUGAUUGCGGCGGAAGGGUCUGCGGGGGCUAGCGAGGGCUGGAAAUGGAGACGGCGGGAGGCGGAUCGGCCGCGGCCGCUGGCGCAGCUCUCGGCUUGAAGCGCCCACGGGGCGACGACGACGAUUCAACAAAUUCUGCAAACUCUAGCGAUUGCGAUGAAUGGUUGGUCAGCGACAGUGGCAGCGAGGAGGAUGACGACGAUGAGAUUCAGGGGGCAUGCUGUCCAUUUUCAGUUGAUGAGUUCCCAAGGGUUAGUUUUGACCAUCGUGAGCAGAGUAGACUGCCAUACAGAAACCCAGAGACUAAGCUUCGAGGGCCUUCACCUGCCAUGCUUUUCCCUCCAUUCAAAAAUGAUGAUCAUGCAUUUGGUUCAGAUUAUAAUCUUGGUGAUAAAUCUGAAAUCCAUAUGAGCAAUGUUGGAGAUUGCUCAGGUGAGUGUGACUGUUUUCCGAUGUUAUUACUUCAAUUCAUUGAUUUAAAGAUUGCGGGCUAUCGGCAUAACCGGCAUGGACGUGCCAAGAUCUUUGGUUUUUUCGCGGCACGGGAUACAUUGGAGCCCUUGCGCAACUAUGUCUACAGACGUGACUUUGACAAUUGUGAAUCUGUGCAUGUGAAGCGAAAGACGGGUGUGGCUCGUUUGUCACUGUCCAGUCCUACUCGAGUCAUUUCAAUGAAGAUCCGUGCAUUUAUUGAGUUUGAGUUCCACGUGCUGAAUGAAGAUGAGACCAAUCGUGAUGAGUCCAGUCUGAUCAUCGAAGGAUGCACGGAGCUCCACACCAAGUGGGCAACAAAUUCUUUCAUCAAACAUGUGCGCUUGUAUGGUGAAAGGUGUGCUUUGGACAUCAAGUAUGCGGUAUUGAUUGGAGCAGUGGAAGCUCGGGUCAACAUCGAGGUUCUCACCCGUGCCCCGACCUGCACCAUGGAUCUGAAGAUCUAUGCCAAGACUAGUGGCUUUGGAGAUGUGAUCAGGCUCUUUCGAGGCACUCUUCCACAGGUGGGCUACAGGAAUAACUUCGCUGUAGCCGUGAAGAGGCACAGCUACCUUGAUCUCUACAUGGAAGGGUGUAGGGAAGAUGAUUCUGCUCUUGGUAACAAGCUGCUGCCAUGUUCUUCGUGGGAACACAGGUUUCAAUCUUGCUUCCAUGGGACAUUGGAAGACGUGGUUAAGCUGGGUGACCUCGCAACUAUCUCAGUCACUAUUACUUGGAGAUCCUAUGAGAAGAGAAGUGUCACAGCCCAAAUAUGCAAAUGAGUCGUAUACACAUCAUGAUCACCAUCCUUGAAUUUUUGAGCAUCUGUCUUGGUGCUUUUGAUUUAAAUUUGAUUUUUCUAAUUUGAGUAAGAACUAUUUGUUAUAUGACAGAUCCACAAUUGACAAAGUUUCAAGACAAUAAUUUAUCUCUUAGUUAAUUCUAA